AGGAACUCUACGCAUAGGCCGACUCUUAGUUUUCUUGGUAAGAGAACACAGCGCACAUCGAGUCAUCGCUAAACUCUGACACCUACACCGACUACUUUACCAUGGAGUAUCUACCGAUCGCUUUGUCUAUAGUGGCAGCAGUACUCGUCGUUAUUUACUACUUUACCACGAGAAAUCAUAAUUUAUUCAAGAAGCAUGGAAUUCUGCAUAUUCCACCAACGCCACUGUUUGGAAAUAUGGGUCCCUUGCUUAGACGGCAGUGCACCAUGUACGAUUUAAUUCUCAAAAUUUAUCAAUUACAUCCUGAAGCGAAAUAUGUUGGCUUCUACGAAUUUCUGACGCCUGUUCUAAUGCUCCGCGAUCCGGAACUGAUUAAAGCUGUCACCAUCAAGAACGUCGAACAAUUUCCGGACCAUCGUCCUAUAGUGUACCAGGAAGUGGACCCUUUGUUAGGAGGAAUGUUAUUUUCUCAGACAGGUGACCUAUGGAAGGAGCAUAGAAAUAUGUUGUCUCCCACAUUUACUUCUAGCAAGAUAAAAGGCAUGUACAAACUGAUGUCCGAUUGCGCGGUCAAAUUCGUGGACCAUUUAACGAAACUGCCGGAGAACGAGCGUGAAAUGGAGAUGAAGAGCCUUAUGAGUAAAUAUACAAACGACGUGAUCGCUACCUGCGUGUACGGUGUCUCCGUGGACACAAUAAAAGAUCCAAAUAACGUGUUUUACGUGUACGGUAAAAUAGGUACAACCUUAGUAACUUUCAAAAAAUCUCUAACAAUAUUGAUGCACAAAAAUGCCCCUUGGCUAGCGAAACUCUUGCAAUUUAAAUACGUGGAAAGCUACGUCGAGAAAUUUUUCUCUGAUAUCGUGACAGAGACAGUCAAAGAUAGAGAAAAGACUGGCGCUCAUAGAUCAGACGUCAUACAGCUAUUGCUAGAGACUAACAAGAAGAAGGAGCUAGGAAAAGGUAUGAGCGUGGAAAGUAUGGCCUCUCACGCUUUCAGCUUCUUCUUCGGCGGGUUUGAAACCGUCUCCGCGCAAAUUUGCAUAGCGACGCACCUGUUAGCCGAGAAUCCAGAUGUUCAAGAAAGAUUACAACAAGAAAUCGACGAAGCAUUGGAAAACAACAAUGGGCAAUUAACCUACGAUGCUCUAAGCGAGAUGAAAUAUCUAGAUGCCGUGAUGAAUGAAUCCUUGCGACUGCAUCCGGUAGUUAUAUUCAUAGACAGGCUAUGUGUUAAAGAUUUCGAACUGCCACCUGCAUUACCCGGGGACAAACCUUUCACGAUCAAGAAAGGAAUGAACGUUUGGAUUCCUGUGAAAGCGAUUCAUCGCGAUCCUCAAUAUUACGAGAAUUCUCUGAAAUUCGAUCCAGACAGAUUCUUUAAAAAUGGUAAGAAGAUUAUGAACUCGGACACGUAUAUGCCAUUUGGUCUUGGGCCCAGAAUGUGCAUCGGAAACCGGUUUGCACUCACAGAGAUGAAGGUAUUGCUGUGUCACCUUCUUGCCAAGUGCAAUGUCAAGAUCGGAGCGAAAACGACAACUCCGUUAGAAUUCGAGAAAGGUGUCAUAAACGCCACUGCGAAAAAUGGAUUCUGGUUGAUCAUUGAGCCAAGGAAAAGUUCUUAUCGCUUUGCCCAGGUUAACGGAGGUGCCAAUGGAAUUUGUACAAAUGGAAUAUUAUCGUACGUUACUCUGGUGCUGUCUCAUCUCGAAUACGCACUGGCAAUAUGGACGCCAAGUACUGCGAAAUCCUGUUAUCUUCCGGAAAAUAUCCAACAUAAUUUUCUCAGGUUUCUUGCGUACAAGAGGGGCGACCUGAUGCCAUAUAACGAUCGUGAUUAUUCAGCGAUUAUUGUCUCAAUUGAAUAUAUUAAAUCACCGGACGUAACACAUGGAAUUCUGCACAUUUCACCGUUGCCAUUGUUUGCAAAUAUGGGAUACUUUCUCGCCAGACGGUCCACCUUGCAAGACACCAUUUUGGAAACCUACCAACUUCAUCCCGAUGCGAAAUUCGUCGGCAUAUACGAGUCACUCACGCCUAUCAUAGUACUUCGUGACCUCAAUUUGAUCAAGUCCAUCACCAUGAAGAAAUUCGAUCACUUUACCAAUCAUCGUACCUUCGUCGAUAAGGAUAUAGAUCCUAUUUUUGCCGAAAUGCUAUUUUCUAUGAACGGCGAAUGAUGGAAAGAGCAGAGGAGCAUGUUGUCGCCAACGUUUACUUCCAAUAAGAUUAAAGACAUAUUUAAUCUAAUAUCUGGAUGUGCGACCAGAUACGCGGACUAUUACUUGUCGAAACUGACAGAAGACGAGGGUGAAAUAGAAAUGAAGCAUCUGUUGACUAAAUAUACCAACAACGUAAUCGCUACCUGCGUCUACGGCGUAUCUAUCGACACCAUAACGUUCUACACGUACGGUACAUCGGUCUUGAAGUCCACAACAUUGAGGAAAGCUAUGACAAUGCUAACACAAAGGAACCUACCCUGGCUGGCGAAGCUCCUCCAGCUCAGAUUUCUGGAAAAACAUAUAGCGAAAUUUUUUACCGAACAAGUGAUCAACACGAUCGAGGAAAGGAAACAGAAUGGCACUUAUCGAUCAGAUAUUCUACAACUAUUCAUAGAUGUAAACGACAAGAAGGUUCCAGGAAAAGGUAUGAGCACGGAAAACAUGGUUAAUCACGCUUUUAGCUUAUUCUUUGGUGGAACUGAUUCCGUUGCAACGCAGACGAGUUUUUUGUUCUACCUUCUAGCCGAAAAUCCAGAGAUUUUGAAAAGACUACAGGAGGAAAUCGACGAAACGUUGGAAAAUAAUAACGGACAAUUGACUUACGAUGCCAUACAGAAGAUGAAGUACUUGGAUGCCAUGAUCAACGAAGCGAUGAGAUUGCAACCAAUUACCGUAUUCUUGGAUAGACUAUGCGUGAAAGAUUUCGAGCUGCCACCAGCCUUACCUGGUGAAAAACCUUUCACCGUAAAAGCAGGAAUGAACAUCUGGAUACCUGUUGACGCGAUUCACCACGAUCCCAAGCACUACGAAAAUCCGCAGAAAUUCGAUCCGGAUAGAUUCCUCGACAAUGGAAAGAAGAUCAUAAAUUCGGGGGCGUUUAUGCCGUUUGGUCUCGGUCCCAGAAUCUGCAUCGGCAAUCGGUUCGCGUUAACAGAGAUAAAGGUAUUACUGUGUCACAUUCUCGCCAAGUGCAACGUCAAGAUUGGAUCGAAGAUGUUGCUUCCGUUGCAAUAUGAGGAAGGUGUGAUAACCGCCUAUGCUAAGAAUGGAUUUUGGCUGAAUGUUGAGCCCAGAGAACAUUCUUACUGCACAUUUCAAACUAAUGGAAUAAUAAAGUAUAUAUAACCAAUGGAAUUUGUAGGAACUGAAUUUAGGAAUGAGCGACCUUAACUGAAAUCUUUCUUUGUAUCCUGCUUUGUAUGGUUUUUCUCAAUUAAUCUCGAUACUGAUUGAAGAUUGCUAUUUGCUUUACUUACGUAUGAAAUUUCCUACAUAAUUCGUGGUUUGCUUGAUUAUAUGUUUUUGCUCAUGAUUCGAACAAUUAAUGUCAUUUAACGUAUAACUUGCUAAACAUAAUUGCUUUGUUAGAGUUUGAUAAAAAAUGUUUUGUUUUAUAUCAACUAUUUUGUAACAUAAUUUAAAUAUUAAAUUAGGAAAAUUCAUUUAGCAUAAAAAUAGAGUAAACUAAAUUCAAGAAUGCAUGUGUCUUAAUUAUUGGAUAAGAGAAGUUCUUGGAUUCCAAUUAAUAAAAUAAAGCUAUUAAUCGUUGAGGCCUGGAUUUUUCAGUUUUGUUAUUGUUUUGUUAUUAUUGUCAUGUCAAAAUGGUUCAUCUCUGGUGUCUAAAGAUUAAAUAAAAGAUAUGACUAAUCACGAUGUAUAGCUAAAUGAAUAGUAUGAUAGAUCUAAUCGAUCAGAAAUACUUGGCUUUUUAUUUUAUAUUUUUAGGAACAAUUUAUAGUUCAUUUAAUGUUCUGUACAAAGAUAAAUAUUUUUUUGCUCAAAACAAAAUAUUUUAUCGUAAUUUUUUUGUUGUAAAUUUCAGCGUAGAAUACAUUACUCCGAUUAAUUUCGUAUAAGUACGCAUAAUUUAAAUUGAGAUUGACUAGGCAAUACUCGAUAGAAAAAAAUGUAUAAAAUACAAUAACAUUAGAUCGAUUACUGCUCUAAUAGUACGUACAUAUGGACAUGUACAAUCUAGGUUAGCUUUUUUUCAUUCUUGAUAAAAUUUUAUUUCAAGAUUUCCGUUACAACACCAUCCACAAUAGUUCCAAUCAAUAAAAAAAUAAUCUGUGCACAAUUUAAACUCGAUUAUAUAAAAGGAAAACGUGCCUCUGGACCCUCAAACAUUAAAAUAAUUAUUUGAGCGCAAAUAAAGUCGAAUUCAUUCGGUUAUUAUCCAAGUUAUUGAUUAUAUCAAAGGGAAAUGUAAAAGGGAUGCGUCAUAACUCGCGAAUAUCGCGACCCACAACUCUAGGCAAAUGGAAUUAAAAACACAAAACUUAAAGGAAAUAAAAGUUACUAUGCGUAUAAAUACUUUACAUUAUUAUUGAACAAAAUUAAAAUCUAAAAAUAUCGAAAUAGAAACAAGGAAGAAUGAGACGUCCACUGACACGUACCGUCUUGCACGCGCUCUCCUGAAUACAAUACACAGUACAAUAAGCAAAUAAUGGUAGUUAAGAUGCUACGAUCUUCUCAUACAGCAGCUACAGUGACAAACAACUGACACGCGCCAGAGGAUUAAAUACUAGCAUCAGCAAGGUAACCACGUGUUUAGCAGAAUAUGACGUAUCAUCAGCAGAAACUGAUACUGCAAAAUGAAAGCAGCAGCAAGAACUUUUAAAAAAAUCUUCAAUAAUACUUCCACAAAAACCACAUUAACUGAACCCCUAAUACUUUCGACAGCAGAAACUAAUACUGCAAGAAGAAUGCAACAG